AUGGCGAACCCCCAGGACUACACAGUUGGCUGGAUCUGCGCCCUCACCACCGAGUUUGUCGCUGCCCAGGCUUUCCUCGACGAAGAACAUGAGGGCCCUCUAGAAGUGGCCCAGAACGAUAACAACAAUUAUGCUUUGGGCAGGAUCAGAAGUCAUAAUAUUGUGAUUGCCGUCUUGCCCGACAGGGAGUACGGUACGGCCGUUGCCGCGACCGUAGCAAGAGACAUGCUUCACAGCUUCCCGAAUAUCCGCAUCGGACUCCUAGUCGGUAUUGGCGGUGGUGCGCCAGGUCCAAAUCAUGACAUACGUCUCGGCGACAUUGUGACAAUCCAGAAUCAUUCUUUCCAAAAAACACAGGUUUUAGACCAACCGCCGAUGGUGCUGCGGACGGCAGUUAGCGCCCUCAAGGCUAAGUACGAGUUAAGGGGCCACCGGCUUAAUGAGGACGUGGACAUGGCAUUGCAGAACAUCAAAAUGCGAAAGAAGUACUCCCGCCCACCUGCGAGUAGCGACAGACUGUACCGAUCCAACAUUACACACCCUUUAAACUCGUCUGAAUGCUGUAGUAUGGUGUGCGGCGACGACUUAUCCCAUAUAGUGGUCCGGGCCGAACGGGACGAAGACGACGACUACCCAGCCAUCCACUACGGACUAAUCGCCAGUGCCAAUCAACUGAUGAAGGAUGCGCUUAUGCGGGACAAGUUGUCGGCGGAAAAGGGUGUCUUCUGCUUUGAAACGGAAGCGGCAGGGCUGAUGAACCACUUUCCCUGUCUAGUGAUUCGCGGGAUAUGCGACUACUCGGAUACACACAAGAACAAGGAGUGGCAAGGAUAUGCAUCAAUGGCGGCUGCUGCAUACACGAAAGAUCUUCUCUGCCGAAUUCCUCCGAACAAGGUCGAGGCUGAAAAGAGGAUUUGCGAUAUUUUCUUGACACUAUCCAGAACUGAAGUAAAGGUCGAAACGAUAAGCUCCAAGUUGGACAGAAAUGAAGACCUUGAGAUCCUCAACUGGUUCACACCAAUUAACUACGGCCCUCAGCAGAGCGACUAUAUUAAUAGACGACAACCAGGAACUGGCCAGUGGUUUCUGGACUCGGCGCAACUCAAAGCAUGGGUGGAGACCCAGGGACAGACGCUAUUCUGUCCAGGAAUUCCCGGAGCGGGAAAGACAAUACUGACAUCCAUCGUGAUCGAGGAGCUCACCACUCACUUCCAGAAUAGCGAGAGCAAUGGCGUCGCGUACCUUUAUUGCAACUUCAACCGGCAAGACGAGCAGAAGACCGAAGAUCUCCUUGCAAGUCUAUUGAAGCAGCUUGCUCAAGACCGGUCUUCUCUACCAGACAACGUAAGAUACCUCUACGAGAAGCACAGAGCCAGAGGGACAAGACUAUCAUUCGACGAAAUAUGGAGGGCUCUCCAGUCUGUCACCGCUCUGUAUUCGCGGGUCUUCAUCGUCAUCGACGCACUUGACGAAUGCCAAACAACCGGCGACUUCCGAGAAAAAUUCCUGUCCAAGGUUCUCGAUCUCCCGGCCAAAUGUGGAGCAAACCUCUUUGCGACUUCGAGGUUCAUUCCGGAGAUUAUGGAGAAAUUCGACGGCAGCAUAUCAUUGGAGAUACGUGCCAGUAAACAAGACAUGCGGAGAUAUGUGGAAGGCCACAUGUCACAACUGCAAUCCUGUGUCAGACGCAGUCCAGACCUCCAAGAGGAAAUUAAGACCAAGAUUGUCAACUCAGUAGAUGGGAUGUUUCUCUUAGCACAGAUAUACCUCGGCUCACUUGACGACAAGCAAACUCCAAAGGCUAUCAAAACCGCACUGAAGCAGUUCGAGAAACAAAGCCCAGGUUCAGACGAGGAUAGGGAGCCUGACGUAUUGGCCCAGGCAUAUACACAGGCAAUGGGGAGAAUCAAUGACCACAAACCAGGUUUACAGAACCUUGCUAAGAAAGUUUUGUCCUGGAUCACUUGGGCAAAGAGGCCAUUGACUACGUCAGAACUUCAGCACGCCCUUGCUGUGGAGGCCGGUAAGUCUGAACUUGAUGAAGACAACAUUCCGCAGAUUGAAGACUUGGUCUCGGUGUGUGCUGGAUUGGUCACGGUCGACAAAGAGAGCGGUAUCAUCCGGUUGGUUCACUAUACGACACAGGAAUAA